GUGACUAUAGUAUUCAUGGUACAAUCUAACCUUACUUUGUUAUCAGUGAGUAUAAACAUGGCUCAAAAGAAACUAGAUCUUGCGGCUCUUACCGGCUUUUUGGACAAGUGUGAAGGGCUUGAGAAGAUUUUCAAGGACAAGAUGGUAGUUCAGGAACUUGGCGACGGCAAAUGUAUAGCUGAACUAAAGGUUGACAAGAGCUUCCUGAACCCCCUAGGUGGACUACAUGGUGGCGUUUCAGCCACUUUGGUGGAUUGUAUUUCCACCUAUGCCCUCAUGUCUCAAACGGGCGUCCCUGGAGUUUCCGUGGACAUUCACUUAACGUACUUGAAAGGAGCCCGACUUGAUGAUGUUGUGGUAGUUGAAGGUAGGGUCGAAAAAGUUGGCAAGACUUUAGCGUUUGUGGAGGCGGAAAUAAAACACAAAGCCACUGGAGAGGUUCUAGUGAAAGGAUUACACACCAAGUUUGUAGCAGCAUGAAAUUUUGGGUCUUCAGUUAAAUAAAAGUUAGGUUAGGAGCAACAA